GCGAAUACUUCGGAGUGCAGCGGCGUGCCAGGGACAGCAAACUCGCCGCACUUCCAGCGGCACCGGUACCCUCUUCUCCUCGGUGCAUGUUUUACUGGGCGUGAAGGGUCUGGUUUUGCAACCAGCAGGGCGCAGUGGCCCUGUGCAGGGCGCUGCAGAGGUCCCAUCCUGCUGGGACAGUUGGUCACCUCGUCACUCAUUGCCCUCCUUUGUCUUUCAGCUCCUGGAGUAGUAUCAUUAGUCGUCCCACAACCCAACAUCAACGCAACAGUGGCACAAAACAUCUUGCUCUCCGUUGAAUACUCUUGCAGAGGCGUUGCCACCAUUGAGUGGAAGCAUGUGUCAAGCUUGGGCACCACGAAAAUUGUUGAGUGGAAAAGUGGGAAUUAUGUCAACAUAUCCACGGUGUACAAGGACAGAGUGACUACUUUUGAAAAUGGCUCUAUACAGCUUCUGAAUGUGGGCAUGAGAGAUGCCGGCUACUAUUUUAUCACUGUAACAGAGGAGUAUGGAACCAACACCUACGGCACCAUCAUAGUCAACGUUUAUGAGGUUAUCUAUGAAGAUCUACAUUUUGUAGCAGUUCUUUUUGCAUUUCUCGCUGCAGUAUCUGCCAUUUUGAUCUGCUUCAUGUGGCUGUGUAAUAAAUCUCUGCAUCUAUUCCAGAAGAAGACGACACACAAACUAACAGCAAGUACAACUGAAGAGAUUGAAUUGGAAACCAUUGAGUGUUAG